CAGGUGUCUUAUCGUCUUCAGUGUUUCUGAGAAACUCCAACAAUGUGCAACGUUUAUAGUUUUACCACGGUUAUACUUAUUUUAAAUCUCUCAAUUCUUCCGGAAACGUGGUCAGAAUUUUGCAAUCCAACUGAAAUUCACGUAGAUCUUAACGUUGAGUUUAACAUUUGCUACAUCAUUGACGAUGGCAACUCAAGUAGGAAUGACCUUGGUCAACUUAUUUGGACAAGAGGUGAUUUUGAGGAUUUUUCCUACCUUCUGGAAGUUCCUUUGACCAUUGGUGUCCCAUUGGAUGCAGAAUUGUUCAUCAAUCAUGUGAUAAAAACUCCAGAGAAUCCAGAAGUUCCUAAUAACUUAAAGUAUCCAGGAAGUUCUGAAGGUACGGAAGCUAUGCAUUCAGAGUACCCAGAGGAUUCAGAAUAUAUAGAAAGUUCUGAGGAUGUACAUUCAGAGUACGAAGAGUUUUGUGAUCAUUCUGAAGAAACUCCAGAAGAUUCUGAGGAUGUACAUUCAGAGUAUGCAGAGAUUCCUGAUAAUUCAGAACAUCCAGAAAGUCCUGAAGACGUACAUACAGAGUACCCAGAGGCUGUUGAUAAUUCUGAAGAGACUCCAGAAGAUCCUGAGGAUGUAUAUUCAGAGUAUGCACAUGGUCUUGAUAAUUCAGAAUAUCUAGAAAGUCCUGAGGACACUCAGGAUGUGCAUUCAGAGUAUCCAGAGGUUCCUGAUAAUUCAGAAUAUCCAGAAAAUUCUGAAGACAUUCAGGAUGUGCAUUCAGAAUACCCAGAAGUUCCUGAUAAUUCAGAAUAUCCAGAAAGUCUUGAUGAUGUACAUUCAGAGUACCCAGAGGUUCCUGAUAAUUCCGAAGGAAGUCCAGAGGAUACGGACGAUGUACAUUCAGAGUAUGCAGAGAUUCCUGAUAAUUCAGAGCAUCCAGAAAGUUCUGAAGACGUACAUUCAGAGUACCCAGGGAUUCUUGAUAAUUCUGAAGAAACUCCAGAAGAUACUGACGAUGAACAUUCAGAGUAUGCAGAUGGUCCUGUUGAUUCGGAAUACCUAGAAAGUCCUGCGGACCCUCAGGAUGUGCAUUCAGUGUAUCCAGAGGUGCCUGAUAAUUCUGAAGAAACUCCAGAUGAUACUGAGGAUGUACAUUCAGAGUAUGCAGAUGGUUCUGAUAAUUCAGAAUACCAAGAAAGUCCUGAAGAUGUACAUUCAGUGUACCCAGAGGUUUCUGAUAAUUCUGAUGAAAGUCCAGAGGAUACUGAUCAUGAACAUUCAGAGUAUGCAGAGUUUCCUGAUAAUUCGGAAUAUCUAGAAAGUCCUGCGGACACUCAGGAUGUGCACUCAGAGUACCAAGAGAUUCCUGAUAAUUCAGAAUAUCCAGAAAAUCCUGAGGAUUUAGAAUCUCUACAUCCAGAGCACCCUGAGACUUCUUAUAAUUUAGACUUAGAGUAUCCCGGAAGUUCAGAGGAUAUAGAAGAUCUACAAUAUCCAGAGGCUCAAGUGAAUUCAGAAUAUCCAGAUAGUUUACCGUAUCCAGAUUACCCAGAUUAUCCUGAGGGUUUCGAUUAUCCGGAAAGUUUAGAGGAUACAUCAUAUGAAUCGUAUCCAGAUUUUCCAGAUAGCUCGGAGGAUUUCUAUUAUCCAGAAAGUCCAGAGGAUACAAUUUAUUUACCGUACCAAUAUUAUCAAGAUAAUCCUAUAUAUUUUGAUUAUCCAAAAAGUUCAAGUGAUACACUCUACGUACUAGACCCAGAUUAUCAGGAAUAUCAUGAAAAUUUUGAUUAUCCAGAAAAGUUAGAGGAUACAACGUAUCUACCAUAUCCAGAUUACCCAGAAUCUCCUGAAGAUUCAGAGUAUCCAUUAAUAAUAGCAGAUGUAGAAAGUUCACAAGAUUCAGAUCAUUUGUAUUAUCCAAGUUAUCCAAAGACUUCAAAGUAUACAGAGUAUCCAAAAGCUCCAAAGGUUAUAGUUGAUCUAGAAGUUUCAGAAAAUGUGGAAGUUCCUGAGGCUCCAGAAGAAUCAGAAGCUACAGAAGAUACAAAACCUACAGAGACUAUCCAUAAACCUGUAAUAGUUCAUUAUGAACCACCGCAAGGAGACCGAAUAUUAGCUACCACCCCAAAGCCCAAAACACGAAGAUUUGAAAGUCGAUUCUCUCCAGGAAGUCUAUAUGGGAUUAGGUGGCAACCUCAAACCAAUUGGCAACAGCUGAGAUACCUCCACAGAAAGUAUAACUGCAAUCCAAUGUACAGAAAUUGUCGUCAAGUAAUAUAUUUGUAUAGAAAUUGAUUUUUACACCUUCGUGAUUUGACUUCAUGUUCCUUCAGGAAAGUCUCUAAGGCCCAUAAAUUUCGAGAGAAAAUGAAUAUAUUCAAUUUCUUUUGUUUUGUGAACUUUUUUCGUGGAUUUGAAGGUGGAAACAGUGGAAAAGAUGGAACAGAGUUCAAUAAAAAAUCUAUGAAAAACCA